GCGGUGCAGCCGGCCUGCUGGUACUCCACGCCCCUGUGGUUGCUCUGGGCUUGGCCGCCAGUGCGGCUUAUGCAACUAGCGAGGAGGGCCCGGCGCAGAAGACCGCCGCGGCGGUGGAGGACGCGCCGAAGAAGGAGCAGGCUGUGGAGCCAGCCACGCAGGAGGACGCAGUGGAGGCGCAGGUCCAACCGCAGACGAUGGAGCCGGCCACAGCAGCCGAGGACGCACUGGAGGCCGCUGUGGAGGCUUCAGAGGCCCGCGACCAGGUGAACCUGGAGCCGGAGGACGCCUUGCAGGCGGCUGCCGGGGAGGCCGUGGAGCAGUCUGUGAAGGAGGAUGCGGCGGAGCCUGACCAAGUUGAGGAGCCAGUCGCGCAAGAGGAUGCACCAGAGGCCCAUGAGGAAGAGGAGGUGGAUCCGGCUGCAGUGGCCGAGGACGCAUUGCUGGCGGCCGCCGGGGAGGCCGUGGAGCCAGCUGGGCAGGAAGAUGCGACGGAGGCCCAUGACCAGGCCGAGGAGCCAGCUGAGCGAGAGGAUGCAGCAGAGGCACAAGAGGAGGUCCAAACACAGAACAUGGAGCCGGCCGCAGUGGCCGAGGACGCAUUGCAGGCCACCGCAGGAGAGGCCGCGGAGCCAGCUGCGCAGGAGGAUGCGGCGCAGGGCCCAGAGGAUGCGCAGAAGCUGGAGCCCGUGGUGGCGGAGGUCGCCGAGUGCUUGAAAGCCGCGGCUCAGGGCGCUGAGCCGAAUGAUGACGAGGCGGAGGAGAAGACUCUCAAGCAAUGUCUUCCUGUGUGGAGGCUGCUCCAGAAGCUGCUGCCCUGGCCGCUCCGGAAGCUGCUGCCUCCUCGCAAGGCGCUCGAGGAGAUCCCGGCCGGAGUCUUGCAAGAGCUGCCAGCAGAUCAACUGGCUGCGCAGCUCGCCGAGACCCGGGCGUAG